GCUCCUCCCACAAUGCAACGCAGACAAGGGAAACCUCCGAGACAAGAGGAGCAAAAGCUCUAGCGUUACUAAAUUAAACUGACAUUACACCGAGGAUUAUCUCAGCCUGAGGACACCGAUUCAGCGACACGUUUUAACUCGAGAUUUUUUUCAAGAAAACGAAAUUCGACAGCGAUCCUGAGAGCUAUACCUUCCAGCCAUUGUCCUCGACGGGGAAAGAGCGACGCCCUCAGGCCGCCGCUGGAACUGCAGCCGCCGGUGAGUUGUAAGUGAGACAGCAGGAGUCUGAAUAAUUUAACGGUGGAAAAUGAGCUCAGAAGAGGCGGCAGCUCCAACCAAAACCGGCACAGACGACGAUGGCAUGUCCUGGUGGUACCGCUGGAUCUGCAAACUGGCCGGUGUCUUGGGUGGCAUAUCAUGUGCAACAAUGGGCGUUUGGAAUUGUGUGACUGUGAAUCCGUUAAACAUCGCGGCCGGAGUUUGGAUGGUGUUGACGGCGUGUGUGUUGUUCCUGUGUGAGGUGCCCUUCUGCUGUCAGUUCGUAGAGUUUGCGAAUGUUAUAGCGGCGCGUGCAGACCGUCUGAAGCCCUGGCAGAAAGCCCUGUUUUACUGCGGGAUGGCACUGUUUCCCAUCUUUCUGAGCUUUUCCAUCACGACUCUGUUUGGUAACGCCAUCGCUUUUGCUGCAGGAGUGCUGUACGGACUCGCAUCCCUCGGAAAGAAAGGUGACGCGGUGAGCUACGCUCGAUUGCAGCACCAGAAACAGGGCGAUGAAGAGAAACUGACAGGAACUACAGACGGUUCAGUGCCGUGAACCUCCUCUCUUCACCUCCUCUACCUCCUUCCCUCUCUUUUUCCUUUCACCUAACUACAUGCAUUACUUGACUGAGUGUCUCACAGUGUAACCUUUGACCUCUGACAGCGUGAGUCAGUCAGCGCAAAUCAGUUUGUGUAGGAUUUCUUUAAUAAAAUGGGUUUUAAGUAAAUUUUUUCAAUUGUGCUAUCAUGCACAGUUGUUUUGGUUUUUUUAAGUAUUGAUUUAAUUUUCAUCUCACUUUGUAAAAACCGACGUAUUAUAGUUUGUUAACCCAAAGCUGGAGUGUAAAUGAAUGCAUUAACUUCAGCGACCGCCUCCAAACCAGCGCAGGGAAUUGGAACUUUUGGCCAUUGGGAUUUUCUCCCAGAAUUCUUUGUUCUGAACAUUAGUGACGACUCGAGUAAAUCUUUUAAACGAACAAACAAACUUGUAUUUUAAUGUGUAGGCAUGGUAAAAACGUGUUUUGGAAAAUGCAGGGCCUCUGCAGGGAUUAUAACGAAGUGUGUUUGUGUGUUUUUGUGCCUCUGCUAACUGGCCUUUACCCAGAAUCCUUUGCUGCAGCAUGUUUGGUGUUUGUAAGAAACGGUGGAAUGUAAUUUUGCUAUGCGCUGCUCUAAAACCUCGCUGUCACUUUCUUUAUUUGAUAUUUGGUGAAAGAGUGUCUUUGAGAGUCUGAUCUGCGCUCGUUUCAUAGACGUUAAUCAGGUUAGAUGCCAUAUUGAAUUUAACCCAGAUAAAAACAAGGCUGUGAGGGACAGACUUUAUGGAGUUUUUGUCUACUGAAAGUUUUGUUUUGUCAGCUGAACAACGGUUUGUUGUUAAACAACAGUACAAUCCAUCGAACGGCGCUGUACUUCAGUCCCUCACAGCCUCAUUUUCAUUCCUGUCUAUUGAAAAGCUUGUGUGAGUGUUUUUCUGAACGAUAAGGUGCAUUUCAAGCGGUUUACCUUCCGUCUUCAGGAACUUGCGUGUGUUUCUGUCUUUCCUCUCAAGCCAUGUGUCUCUUGCUGCACUGAAGAAGGGCUUCUUUUCUGGAAUAAGAAACGACUGGGUUUGUUGAUGCUGUGAUGACGUGUUGUUUGCUUGUUUCUGCGUCUAUCUGAGCCAGUCUCAACACUGACCGUGGAAAGUAUGAAAGCCAAAGGUACAAACUACAAGAUAAAAGAACUAUAGUUUGGAGGUCAGAGGUCAUGCUCUAACUGUAGUGUUCACACUGUUACUACCUUUUGUCUUUAAAGGGUGAGUUUCAUGAAAUUGGUCAAGGACUAGAUUUUAUUUCACCUACAAGUUUUUUUUGUUGUUUUUUUCCAUGACAAUUAAGCACAUUUAUAUAUAAAAAAAAAAAACUCAUUUAUUUAAUUUAACUGAUUUCAGUUUAAAUACAACCAUAUUAUUACAGGAAUAAAACUAUGAGAAUUGAAAUAAAUCUCAAAGUAACAUGUUUGGAAUAUUAAAAUUUAAUUGCUUAAUUGUCAUUAUUUUACAAUGUAGAAAUGAUAAAGCUUUUUAAAAAUGCAAGAUUAAUAUAUAUUUUUUUGUUUGUUUUUAGGAUGAAAUGUAUGGAAGCCCAUUUUCACUACAGAAUGAAAAGAUAAAAAGGGUAAUUGCAUUUCUUUUUUUUCUCACAAUUCUCACAAAGACAAGAGUCUUUCAGUCUUAAAAUUCGAACUUUUUUGUGGGUUUAAUUUAGAAUUGUUGCGAGAUAUAAACAAUUAUGAGAUAUAAACUCGCAGUUGCAAGAAAAAAAGUCAGAUUUAAUUUUUUUUAUUCUGUGGCAUAAAAAAAAACAAUUGCGAGGGAAAAAAUGUCAGAAUUCUGAAUUUAUAUCUCGCAAUUCUGCCUUUUUCCUCAGAACUGCACGUUUAUAUCUCACAGAUCUGAGGGGAAAAAAAUGCAAGAUAUAUUUUUCACAGAAUUUCAGAAAAGUUUUGAAUUGAAUUGUGAGAUAAAAAGUCACAAUUACCUCCUUUUUUUUAUCAUGGCAGAAUCGGGCUUCCAUAUAAAUGUUAUGUGGGUGUUUGUGGGAUUCAUCCUUUUAGAUGCUCACGUGCUUUCAUGAAAUACCUUCACUAAACUUUUCACAAAUGUUCAAGUGUUUUGCAUGAAAUGUUCAGCAGGUAAAAUUAUCUCCAAUAACACAUCUGAGGCUUGUAAACUCGUUAAGUCUCCACCAGCACACAAACCAGCUCAAAUGUAAUGUCCACCUAGACGUAUUGUAGAAUUAACUAUUAUUUAUCACUAACCUAAGUUUUCCAGAUUUGGAAGUAAAGUUUUCCUAAAGCUGGACCUCUAGUUUUGUCAUCUCCUGAAUGUGAUCUCAGUAACCAAGAUAUCAUAACUAAACACUAAUGUAUCUGACAAACUCAAACACUACUGACAGAAAGAAAGGAAGAGCUUUUGAAACACCAAAAUUGUUCGGCACAAAAUAAACUUGAAUUGUCAUUAGCAGUUUAGAAGUGAUCUUGUCCCUCUGUGUAUUUGUGUUGGAUCAGUGACAUGUAACUGAUUGACUUUGCAAUGAUGUGUAAAAAAAGGUAUUUUUUCUGUUUUUUCCCAUGAGCUAAAUAAAGAGACUUGUCUCUGA